AUGGCGGGGACGCGGCGCGGCCUCUCCUCGGUCCCUGCAUCCCAAAGUCCCAAAUGGGGCUGGAAGGGACCUCUGGAGAUCAUCCAGCCCGACCUUGGUCACCUGGAGCAGAGAAGUUUGAGAAAAAUCGUGGAGCGCGAUCCCCUGCGGCUGAAGGGCAGCGCGGGCUCCCUGGGGGCCGGCAAGCAGGAGAAGAAGGCGAAAGACAAAGCCCAGAUCCCGGAGCAGAUCAUGGGCAGCAAGGAGCAGGAGGAAGAGGAGGAGGAGCGCGGGCUGGACAAGCGGACCCGGGCGCAGGUGGCCCUCGAGAAGGUGCAGAAGCAGCAAAUGGAGCGGAUCCUGAAGAAAGCGUGGAAAACCCGCAAGCAGCGAGUGGAGGAGUCCCAGAGGCACUUGGGUGCUCUGACUGAGCACUGCCACAUUCCCAAAUCAGCUGCACUAAAUGAACAGAGCAGCUGGUCACGGCUCUGGAGCUGGAGCUGGCUUUGGUUUGUAUCAAUGGAAAUCUGGCUGUUCUCCGUAUUGUUAUAUUCUGGAAUGUAACUUCUGAGCUUUUAUGACUU